AUGGGAAGGUGCAGGGCUCUGCAGAGCAGCGAGCCCACAAAUGCACAGAACUCUGGGGAGGAGGGGGCUUCCUCACGUUCCUCCGACCGCAUAAGGUCCACCAUCAGCGGCUUGGACGAGCUGCUGGGGGUGGAGGACCAGAAGGCAGCCUCCAAGGACCAGGACGUCAUGCCGGCCAUCGAAGUGUCUGCAUCCAAGCAGGUUCUGGAGAAGAUUGGGGCCGCUGACGCGGCCCGGUCAAAGGCUCAGGAUGAAGGCGCCGUGGCGUCCCAGAUUGAGGACACCCUGGCGCGCGUCAUCGAGCAGGCGCGCAAGCUCGCGGAGUCGGAGGACUUCCAGGACAAGGAGAAGAAGGAGGCGGGGGGCCAGGACCUGCAGCGCCAGGUCGAGAAGCUGCUGAACUCCCUCAUCCGGUCCAAGAACGGCAUCGACAAGGACGAUUACAGUGACAUCAAGUCCAAGGUCUUUGGGCCCGACACCUUCUGGGUCACCGACGUCCUGCCCAGCAGUGGACUGGAGGGCGGCGUCAUGUUCCGCGGCAACCUCAGGGGAAAGCGGGAAAAGGUGGUGGCUGAGGUCAUGCAGCGCCUGCACGACGCAUACGGAGGAAAGUACGUCUUGAGGGUGAUCCUGGAUGUGGAGGCGGCCUUCAAGGCCGAUGAGGACAAGAGCGACCGCAGCCUGGACUCCUUUGUCGCCUUCGAGGUCCUGCCCGCUGCUGCCGCAGUGCCCCCGCCCCCCGCCACCUGGCAGCGAUGGGUGGGAGUGCUGCUGGUGGCUCUGACAGCUGCAUCCACCCUCAGCUUCGGGCUCGCCUCCUCCCUCCUCUUCCUACCCAAGGAGACCCUGGCCUUCCUGGCCAACCCCUCCAGCAUCAGCGGGGAUGCGCUGCCGCCGGGCCUGGAAGGAUUCGACCCCCAGGCCUUCCUGACGGCGGCCGUGUCUGUGGGGGCGCUGAGUCUCAUUCCACAGGUUGCACACGAUGCAGGACACUCCCUGGUGGCCCGUCUGCGUGGCAUCCAGCUGAAGGCACCUCUCCUGGUGCCGAGCACCGCGCUGGGCACCUUUGGGAGCAUCCGGCAGCUGGCGUCCCUGGUCCGGAGCCGCACUGAUCUCUUCGACCUGGCGGCGGCAGGGCUGUUGGGGGGGGGGGCGACGGCCCUGGCGCUCAUGAUUGCAGGCCUGCAGGCCUCUCACGGCGGAGCCGUCGUCGAGGCAAGCCCUGGAUUGAUCCCGGUGCCCGCCGCGCUCUUCCACGGCAGCCUCCUGCUGUCCACCCUGGGCAACCUGGGCUUGACCCAGGAAGCCCUCGCGCAGCCCACGCUGUACGUCUCCCCGCUCUUCGUCGCCGGCUGGGCGGGCAUUGUAAACACCGCACUGAACGCCCUACCUGUGGGCUGCCUGGACGGCGGCCGGACCACCUUGGCGGCUUUUGGCAAGGGCGCGCUCGCCUUCUCCAGCCUGGUGGUGUAUGCUUUGCUGGGCUUUGGCGCCCUGGGAGGGCCCCUGGCCCUCCCCUUUGGCCUCUACGUCCUGGUGUGCCAGCGAAAGUCGGAGGGCUGGAUCCAGGACGAGGUGUCGGGGGUGAGCGGGACGCGACAGGCCCUGGCCCUCGGCAUCACCCUCCUCGCGCUGACCGUGCUGCUGCCGGAGAGCGCGGGGGUGCUGCUGGGUGGGGUGGGGGCGGGGGGACCUGCCCCCGACCUCUUCUGA